AUUUGUGUCCAUUUUGCAAGAAUGGAUGAUCAUUAGAACUCCCUUGGGGGUAGAUUUGUCUUAAUUAAAAGUAAAUAACAUCAUUGUUGUAUAGGAGCUGGCAGCUGAUGUGGCCUGCUGUCUCGCAGUUUGUGUGUUUAUGCCCAAGGCAUAGCUCAGAUGGGGGAGAUAAUGUAAUAAUCCUAACUACUGUAGAUAAACCUUUGCCAUUUGCAAACGGAAGCAUUGGCCAAUAAACUCUCUGUGCUUACAGGAAAUGUCAAUCAUGUCAUGCAAAAAUGUCCCUGGAUUUUAUAACUUUAAUAUGUAUAGACCAGCACACUCAAACACAAAGCCCUUUCACCACAUGUCGCAUUAACCCUGUGAUCUGUGCUCAGUCAAGUGAUCUCUUUAGUGAGUCACAUGGUUCCUUCCUGCUUCAACUAACUUCUCAUUUUUUGUAAAAAUUAGAUUCACUCUCCACCCUUUAAAAGUAAACUAAUAAAUCCAAAAUUUUGAAUGGGAAAAGUGAAGGGGAAGAUAAUAGGAUUUCAAUCGAUAAAUUGAGGUUAACUUCACUAAAAAUAGGAAAAUCAAAGGAGAUACUGGAAAUGUUAUAACCACUUGGAUACAUGUGAUAUGAGGGCACGGUUUAAAGACAUUUACAUUUGUUUUUAUUUAAUAUGAUUGUGACAAAAAAUUAUACAUUUUCUGAAUCUCAAUUAAAAUUAAGCCACCCUUUUGUAAAAUAAAACCAAUUAAUUGAUGUUUCUUCCCUGGAAACUCAAAAUGAUUGCUUACUUUUUGUUAUGAAGAAAUUUUGAUCUGAUGUUAGUUAGCAACACCUGAAAUGUUUUAUAAUCUACUUCACUUUGCCCCCAGUUGCCCCCAUUUAGGAAUUUCGAACAUUCCUAUGACAAAACAUUUCCUGUGACAUAGUGUUGCAAAGGCUCUAUUUGCCACAGUUUUAACAAAGUCAUCCCAUUGAAAUCAAUAUACUGAGAAGUGGAAGUGUCUUUGGAGUUUAAAAAUGCUGUCAUCAUCUUUGACCAAAACAAGCAAAGCCCUGAUUCUCUUUCCUUGGCCAUUGAAGAUAUGGGUUUUGAGUCAAAUCUCCCAGAGUCCAAUAAAGCCUCUCCUGUGGCCACAGACACUCAGCUUGUUCCUGCAUCGGGGCUGUCUUCUGCUGCCCAACAGGAGACUCUAGACCGACUCACACACAUUCAGGGUGUGCUAGAGGUCAGUCACAGCCCUGUACAGAUGGGUUUCAUGGUCACCUUUGUCACCGGCCUGACGUCUAUACAACAGCUCAGUGAAGUAGUUGCCAGGGUAACGGCAACAGUCUCUCCCAAAGACAGCAGCCCCAGUUUGUCCCUGCCCCACCUUGCUGGAGCUGAGGCAACGCUGCUGAAACUGUGCAUAGAAGGAAUGACCUGCCACUCCUGCACCACCACCAUUGAAGGGAAGAUUGGAAAACUGAAGGGCGUUGAGAAAAUUAAAGUUGCUUUAGAUGCUAAAGAAGCUACCAUUGUAUACCUGCCAUACCUCAUCUCUAUCCAGACCAUCCUGGAGCAGAUUUCUCAUGCAGGAUUUAAGGCGACUGUGAAGUCGAAGCCCCAACCACUGCAGCUGCUGAGUGAAAUUGAGCGUUUUGUUGAUUGCCAAAAGUCAGCUGUGUCUUCUCCUUCGGAAAGCACAGAAGAGAAUGAAAUCUUCAUAGAUACAGCACUCGUCACACUCAGGGUCAAAGGCAUGCACUGCCACUCUUGUGUUGUCAAUAUCCAGGACAACAUUUCUGUGCUGCCUGGUAUCUCCUCUGUGGAGGUUUCACUAGAAAAAGAAAAGGCAUCUAUAGUUCAUGACCCUUUGAAGAUAUCAGUAUCUCAAAUACAGCAGGCAAUUGAAGCUCUACCGCCUGGUAACUUUAGGACUCAACUUUGGGACUCUCCUGGUGCUCUCAGCUCUCCUCCUCCUCAGUCUGUAUCGACGAUGCCUAGUUUGGGAGCCAACGCCAAAUAUGCUGUGCCCCAGCCAUGUUUUAGCCAGCCUCUGUCUUCUAUAGCAAAUAUUCAUAUUGAAGGUAUGACCUGUAACUCCUGUGUCCAGUCCAUUGAAGGCAUGAUUGGCCAAAGGAAAGGAGUCAGUUCAGCCAAGGUCUCUCUUUCGGAGCACCAAGGUGUCUUUGAGUAUGAUCCUCUAGUGACUACAGCAGAGGAAAUCAAGGCCGCCAUUGAAGACAUGGGAUUUGAUGCCUUCUUACCUGAAACAAACUCACUGCUGCUGGAAUCCAAUGUGAAAGUUUCAAAGUCACAGAGCCUUGCUCUUUUCAAAGAUGCAAACAAUGAGAUACUCAGAGAAAACACUUCCAACACAGAGAAUAAUAAAGAUGCUUAUUCCAAAUGUUACAUCCAAAUUGGAGGCAUGACCUGUGCUUCGUGUGUAGCAAACAUUGAACGUAACCUUAAGAAUGAGCCUGGCAUUCACUCAGUUCUUGUGGCGCUUAUGGCCAGUAAAGCAGAGGUACGCUAUAACUCUGAAGCCACUGACCCCAUGAAGAUUGCUGAGUCUAUAAAAGAACUGGGCUUCACCGCCUCAGUCAUGGAAAACUAUGAAGGAUCUGAUGGAAACCUUGAACUUGUGAUCCGUGGAAUGACGUGUGCCUCUUGUGUUCACAAAAUUGAAUCCAGCCUCAUGAAGGAGAAAGGAAUUAUAUAUGCUUCUGUUGCCUUGGCAACAAAUAAAGCACAUAUUAAAUAUGAUGCUGAAAUCAUGGGUCCACGGGACAUAAUUAAACAUAUAGAGAAUCUUGGAUUUGAAGCAUCUUUGGUUAAAAAGGACCGCACAGCAAGUCAUUUAGACCACAGCAAAGAGAUAAAACAAUGGAGAAAGUCCUUUAUUGUCAGUUUGUUUUUCUGCGUGCCUGUCAUGGGCAUGAUGAUUUACAUGAUUGUCAUGGAUCACCAGAUGAAUAUUUCUCACCAUCACAACUUCAGUACCGAGGACCGCAACCGCUACCACUCCACAAUGUUUCUGGAGAGACAGUUAAUUUCAGGACUCUCCAUCAUGAACCUGCUGUCCUUCCUCUCCUGUGUGCCUGUCCAGUUUAUUGGUGGCCGUUACUUCUAUAUCCAAGCAUAUAAAGCUGUCAAACACAAGUCUGCCAACAUGGACGUGCUGAUAGUUCUGGCCACCACCAUUGCCUUUACCUACUCAGUGGUCAUUUUAAUAGUAGCCAUUGUGGAAAAAGCAAAAAUCAACCCCAUCACCUUCUUUGAUACUCCACCGAUGCUCUUUGUCUUCAUCUCUCUUGGACGAUGGUUGGAGCAAAUAGCAAAGAGCAAGACAUCUGAAGCUUUGUCCAAAUUAAUGUCACUACAAGCUACAGAGGCCACAGUGGUUACUCUCAGCAGUGACAUGUCCAUUCUCAAUGAAGAGCAGGUGGAUGUUGAACUAGUGCAGAGAGGCGAUGUAGUUAAAGUUGUGCCUGGAGGAAAAUUUCCUGUUGAUGGCAGAGUUAUUGAGGGUCACUCCAUGGCUGAUGAAUCUCUCAUCACAGGGGAAGCCAUGCCAGUAACUAAGAAGCCUGGGAGCACAGUGAUUGCAGGGUCCAUUAACCAGAAUGGCUCUCUGCUUGUGAGUGCUACACAUGUUGGCAUGGACACAACUCUGUCUCAAAUUGUGAAACUGGUGGAGGAGGCUCAGACAUCUAAGGCUCCAAUUCAGCAGUACGCCGAUAAGAUUAGUGGAUACUUUGUGCCAUUUAUUGUUUGUAUAUCAGUUCUUACCCUGGUGGCAUGGAUCAUUGUUGGGUUUUUGAACUUCUCCCUGGUUGAAAAAUACUUUCCUGGUUAUGACAAGAGCAUUUCAAGGGCUGAAGCGGUAAUUCGCUUUGCCUUCCAGGCCUCGAUAACAGUGUUAUGCAUUGCUUGUCCCUGUUCUCUUGGCUUGGCAACCCCAACAGCUGUUAUGGUGGGAACAGGAGUUGGAGCUCAAAAUGGCAUCCUGAUAAAGGGAGGAGAGCCACUUGAGAUGGCACAUAAGAUUCAGUCAGUUGUAUUUGACAAAACGGGUACAAUUACAUAUGGUGCUCCUAAAGUUAUUCAGAUGAAAAUGGUCGUUGAAGGAAACAAGAUGCCCAGGUCUCGCCUCCUGGCUAUUGUGGGAACAGCAGAGAACAAUAGUGAACAUCCACUGGGUGCAGCCAUCACUAAAUACUGCAAACAGGAGCUUGGCACAGAGUCUCUUGGUACUUGCACUGAUUUUCAGGCCGUGCCAGGCUGCGGCAUUCGAUGUCAAGUAAGUAACACAGAGACACUGUUGAAGCAGGCGGACAGCGACAGUGAAGACAACAACCAACGCAACAGUGUCUUGGUUCAGAUUAGUGACACCCGGACCUCAUCCUGCUCCCACCCGCUCAUCAUGGACCCUCAGCCUCUCAGUCUGAUUCAGACAUCCACUUACGUAGUUUUGAUUGGAAACCGAGAGUGGAUGAGGAGAAACUGUCUGCAAGUCAGUCCUGAAGUGGACAAUGCAAUGACAGAGCAUGAGCGCAGAGGACGUACUGCUGUACUAGUCGCUGUCGAUGAUCUUUUGUGUGCGAUGAUAGCUAUUGCUGACACGGUGAAGCCAGAGGCAGAGCUGGCAGUGUACACUUUGACCAACAUGGGGCUGGAAGUAGUCCUUAUGACCGGAGACAACAGCAAGACCGCACGGGCUAUAGCUGCCCAGGUGGGCAUCAGGAAGGUCUUUGCUGAAGUUCUUCCAUCACACAAAGUGGCCAAAGUGGAGCAGCUGCAGCAGGCAGGAAAGAGGGUAGCCAUGGUGGGAGAUGGCGUCAAUGAUUCACCAGCUUUGGCCAUGGCAGAUGUGGGGAUUGCCAUAGGAACAGGGACAGAUGUUGCCAUAGAGGCAGCAGAUGUGGUGUUGAUAAGAAAUGACUUGUUGGAUGUCGUUGGCAGCAUCGAUCUGUCUAAAAAGACUGUCAAGAGAAUAAGAAUUAAUUUUGUUUUUGCACUCAUUUACAACUUGGUUGGCAUACCUAUUGCUGCUGGUAUGUUUCUUCCCAUUGGUUUGGUGCUUCAGCCUUGGAUGGGCUCUGCUGCCAUGGCAUUGUCAUCUGUCUCUGUUGUCUUGUCAUCUCUUUUACUCAAAUGCUAUAACAAGCCCAGUGCUGAGAAGUUGGAGGCUCGCUUUGGAAAGAGCCGUCAACAGGGCAGCCUGUCUGAUGUCAGUGUUCACAUUGGCAUAGGUGAACUGCGAAGAUCCUCUCCAAAACUCAGUCUGCUGGAUCGCAUCGUCAACUACAGUCGUGCCUCGAUCAACUCACUGCGAUCAGACAAACACUCGCUCAACAGCCUAGUCCUGGAACCCGAUAAACAUUCGCUGUUGGUGGGGGAUGCGGCAACUGAGGAGGAGAUUUGCUGAGCCAACAUUUGACUCAAGCAAGUAUGAACUAAUUUGAGUAAACAUAAGGAAAUCACAAGCAGCCUUAGACCACACUGUAAUCUGCAAUAGGCUUGGUGUGUGCACUGUGCUCCACUAUUGACUGAAGGAAAGCCUGUGUGCCUACUGUUUUUCUUUUUCCCCACCCAGCAGAACAGUUUCCUUCAUAAACUCAUUAUCGUGUUGUGGUAACCAUGACAAAGGUGUCUAUUUCUAAUGCACUGUGUGGCUCAGGUCUAUCACUGUAGACCAGAAGUAUCUAACAUCAAUCCAAAGACAUUUUAGAUGUGACACUACAGAUUCAUAUUUUAAUCAAUGUUCCUGAAUGGGAAAAAUAUUGAUGUAUAAUUUCACAGUAUUUAUAUUAUUUAUCUUUUUUUGCUCUUGUAAACUUUGUUAAAAAAAGGAAGGAUACAUUGUGUGAAACAAGUGGACAGAACUGUAAAUAUCAAACUUCACAAGUGCCACUUGAAAUGCUACUUUGGCAAAGUCCAGUACAUUCCAAAGAUAGCACUGAGCACAUGUUGCGCCUGAACAAAGUCGGCUUUUCAGAGCUGAGAUUUCAAGGUAAACAUGUUGGAGGUCAAAAAACACAAAAGAAAGCUGGUAGUUGACUAAAACCAAGUAUAUGAAGCAACAUUUUGGCCACAUGAACCGUCCAUUUUAAAUAUGUUAAACUGUGUCGCACAUUUAUUGAACAUAUGAGAUAGUUACUUUCAGAUGGUGACAAAGGCCAAAAAUAUAUAUUGAUGUGUCAGACACAUGUAAGAUAAUGCUAAGUUUGUGUGUUUUCACUGCUGCCACUGUCAGCUUUUUCAGCUUUGCACUUAAAAGACCUUCAAGCUCAGAUGACACAGUGGGACCAGCUUUAUGGACACACAUGUGCCCCUGUCUUUUCCAAACAAGUUACUGAGAUGAGAAAUCAUGGUUUGGGAUUGUCUAAAUCUGCUUUUUUUUUUUUUUUUUUUUUUUUUUUAAAAGGCUGUGGUUGCUGUUCAGUGUUGCUUUAUUUCUCUUCUCUAGGACAACUGUUCAGAAAUCUUAAACUAUUUACUCAAAUAGUGUUUGAUUUCUUUGUGGCAAUCAAAGGCAUUUUGCUGCCUUUUUGUAUGUAUAUUGUUGUCAUUAUUGUCAGUUCUAUGUCUCUGUGCAUUGUUUCAAAAGGAUUUGGAUUUGUGUGGAGUGCAAGUUGAUGUGCCUUGGCAUUAAAUGCUUUUUAAUCAGG